CGCGCCGGGGCAGCAUGCCUCUAACGCAGGAGUCGGUCCUGAGCUUCCUGCUGGAGCGGGGAGGGAAGGCGAGGAACUCGGAGCUGCUGAACCACUUCAGGAGCCUGAUCGGCGGCAGCGACCCCGCGGAGAGGCAGCGCAACAGGGAGCUCUUCAAGGCGCUGGUGAACAGCGUGGCCGUGGUCCGACAGGUCGACGAGGUGAAGUUCGUGGUGGUGAAGAAACGGUACCAGGACUUCGUUCGGGAUGUUGCGCACGAGACGCUGCGGGCGGGCGACAGCUUCUCGAGUCAGGACUCCAGUUUUUCGUGCGCGUCGCCGCGAAGACCCGAGUCCGCCGGGGCGGCGAUGUGCUCGGACGCGGAGAACAACAACCUGUGCGGCGCCUCGCAGACAGGCGGCAGCUGCUGCUGCGCGCGCGCGGAGAGCACGCAGAAGAGGAGGACGUCGUCAAAAAACGCACGCGCCGCGGACGAGACCACGGUGAAAGUGCUGAACAUCAGCGGGGACCGGGCGAGCAGAGCCGGGGAGUCCCGGGCUGUGUUCGCCGUCGUGGCGGUGAAAUCCCCCCCGAGAGACCCCCACCAGGGCCGGACCCCCCCGAGAGACCCCCGCCAGGGGCAGACCCACCCCCACCAGGGGCAGAUCUCCCCGAGAGACCCUCACCAGGGGCCCAAUCUGCGUAAAACCCCGGACAAACAGGCGGGCAGAGCUCCUCCACCAUCCAACCCACCAGCCUGCUCAAAGGGGGCAUUAAGGGAGUCCCAAAGUUGGAAGACCAGACCGAGAGUGGACACACAACCCAAAACUAUCCCCCAGGUGAGGCCCCACGCCAAGAGCUCCAAGCACACGCACGUGCACGCGCACGAUGCCAAGGACUGUGAGUCGGUGCCUCUGGAGCCCCUGGCUCACGAGUGGCUGGUGAAGUGUGCGGCCGGGCGGUGGGGUCAGAUCCACGCCCUGCUGCUGCGGGACCCUCGGCUGGCCCAGAGGAAAGACUUCAUGUCCGGCUUCACGGCCCUGCACUGGGCCGCCAAGGACGGCAACGGCGAGAUGAUUCACAAACUCAUGGAGGUUUCCCGGAGAAGGGGCGUCCACGUGGACGUCAACAGCAAGGCCCACGGGGGAUACACACCCCUGCACAUCGCGGCCAUACACGGGCGCACCGCAGUCAUGGUGCUGCUGGUGAGAAGCUACAGAGCCAGCGUGAACGAGAGGGACCACGAUGGGAAGAAGGCCCUGCACUACCUGGGGACGGGGGGGUCGGCUGAGGUCAGAGCGCUGAUGGGAGGGGUGCAGCAGAGGGAGGGGGAGGAUCACAGAGAGCAGGCCAAGAGCUUCAACACCAUCAGCAAACUGUUCCAGCCUCACGUCGGGAAGAAGCACAAGGCGAAGUUUGCUCAUGACUGGUGAGAGGGGAUAUGAAACUGCACAAUGUGAUCCUGUUAAUAGGUUAUAAAUAUAAAGUCAUUCCAUCAGAUUACUAACAUCACUGACCUACACAGUAGCUGACAUGCAUACAGUGUAUCACUGUUAGAUAUCAACUAUAUUUAAAAUUCACACAUCUUUUCUGAUGAACUUACAUUCCAUGUUAUUUUGCACCUUUUUUUUUUUUAUUUCACUAACAACUAUGCCCUAUAAUAGCACUGUUAGCAGUAAAGAGCGGUUUGGGAAAGGAAAGCACUGAUUGUUUCACAUUCCAAAAAGCUUCUUUUUUACAGAAAUGUUUUUGUCAUAACCUUUUGUGUGGGGGAUUUUUGAGUUGGAACUUGAAGGCAGUUGUGAAACAUCCCCUUCAUGUUUUUCUGUCCUUCUUAUUGUCUCAAAAGUGAGUACAAAGUGCCUACUUAUAUCACAUUGACAUAUCUGACAUAGGAAAAGCUUUUCUCAGUCCAUCAGUUCUUAAGCUCAGAAAUCUGAAAAUCCUCUUUUCACAAGCUUUCUGACUAAGAAUGAGCAAAUUGGUAACUUUGAUAAUAAAACUAAGGUAAUUAUUCUCUGGUUGUAUUACAAAA